AGCAUCCAAAGCUGGUCGGGCCCCUUGCACUCGCAUACUGCGUUACAAGAAUAGAAGCGGGACUGGGGCUGCCGCUAGAUUUUUCAGUAUGGUAAGGUCGUACAACCGUCACGAGCCAACGGCGGCCUUCGGCCUGAUCGCCUCCAACACUGCCGUCCGCCCGGUCCUCGACUCGGAUGGCAAGCGCGCCUACGUCGCCGCCCUGGAAGAUGUCUUGGUCUGGGACGUCAAGCGCGGUGAACUCCUCGCGACUUGGCAUGAAAUCGGCCACAUCUCACCUGUCACUGCUAUCGCCCGUAACCCGGCCGACAGCGACGUCUCCGCCGUAGGUUAUGCAGAUGGUACCGUGCGCCUCUGGAGGGCCUCGACUGGUGCGUCAUUUCUCACCUUCAACGGCCACAAGGGCACCGUCACAUGUAUCGCAUGGGACUCAAAUGGAAUGAGGCUCGCAAGCUCCGGGCAAGACACAACGAUCGUACUAUGGGACGCCAUUGCUGAACAAGGGCUUUUCCGGCUGCAAGGACAUAGAGACAGCGUUACAGACAUCCUUUUCAUGCCACAAAUUUCCCAUGUUGACGAGAGCAGCUCUUCGUCUUCGAGCACUGCAACUCGCUCUGCCCCAGGUCGCCUUUUGGCCAGUGUUUCAAAAGAUGGUCUUCUCAAGCUCUGGGACACUGAGCUGCAGCACUGCGUGGAAACGGUGGCGCCAGGGGAUGGGGAGCUGUGGUCGGUCUGCGCUGUACACGCCUCUGAUCUGCCAGAAGCAGAGCAAUCCGCUUCGUCAGCGCUGAUUUUCACAGGUGGAAGCGAAGGGCAGAUCAAGAUGUGGGAGUGUUCGCUACUGCAAGCUCAGAAAUCAUCAGAAACGAAACCCAGUGGAACACCUACAGAUUCUACUGCAAACCAGUUGCUUCCUGUUUCCGUGCAACUGCAGGGCACUCUCCCUCAUGGCUCAUCGAAGAGGGUCAUGCAGAUCGCGCUUGCUCCUCGCCCCCAGCAAAGGCCGGACAGUCGUCAGAUCGCAGCCUUGACAUCCGAUCGUACGCUGCAAACCUACUCGUUCCGGUCUGCCACCGAUAUUCGCAAAAAGAUGGCGAGAAGACUGAAGCGCGCAAAGGAGAAGGCACAGCAGAAAGGCGGCGAAGACAAGAACUCGCUAGCACAACCACCGCCAGAGGGAGAACUUGUAUGGCUAUCACACAUAGAGGUUGGCGAGAUCGUGCGGCCCCAGGAUGGUCGCAUCCGCGCUUUUGCUUUUGGCGACAGUCACACACCAGCUGAGAGUAAAUCGCACAGCCACCCCGUGCUCUUCGUGCUCAGUAACAACGCUCUCGAGAUCCGGAAAGUCUCGACCAAAGCCAAAGGAAAGGAGGCGGAAAGCUUGGACGCGGGCCUUGUCGCCUCAUUUGGGCUCGAACUACCUGGGCACCGAGCGGACAUCCGCGCCAUCGCCCUUUCGCACAAUGGUGAGCUUAUCGCCUCCGCUUGUUCGAGUGGCUCUGUGAAGGUCUGGAACCUCGCUGUCGGAAGAUGUCUACGGACCAUGCCUUGCGGCUAUGCUCUCUGCUUGACGUGGCUCCCGGACGACUCUCAUAUUCUGGUCGGUUGCAAGGAUGGCUCGAUCCACAGUUACGAGGUCGCAAGUGGCAACGAGGUGGAGGCUAUAAAAGCACACGACGGGCCAGUAUGGUCGAUAGCCCUGAAACCUAAUGGGAGCGGAUUCGUCAGUGUGAGCGCUGAUAAGACGGCCAAAUUCUGGGAGUUCUCAAGCGAUGCGGAUGACGACAAAAUGGAGGAAGAGCGCGAGUCGGCAAAUCCGGCGCCUAAUAAACUCUCCCUCGAACAUGUGCGCACCCUCAAAAUGACCGACGACAUUCUUUGCGCCUGUUUUUCUCCCAAUGGGAAGCUUCUGGCUCUGGCUUUGCUUGACAGCACUGUCAAGGUUUUCUUUGCCGACUCUCUCAAAUUCUUCAUCUCUCUCUACGGGCACAAGCUGCCGGUUCUUACCUUGGACAUUUCCCUAGACUCCAAGUUGAUCAUCACGGGCAGUGCGGACAAGAAUGUCAAAAUAUGGGGGCUCGACUUCGGCGACUGUCAUCGCAGCCUCAUUGCGCAUGCGGACAGCGUGAUGUGCGUUCAAUUCGAAAAGGGUCAACAAGGCGGCGGCCUCUCGGGUGGUCGUGAAGGCGAUAGUCAUCGCUUUUGGAGCGCGGGCAAAGAUGGGUUGCUCAAGUUCUGGGACGGCGACAACUUCGAGUCUGUGCAAACACUCCAGGGUCACCACGGUGAAAUCUGGGCUAUGGAUGUAGACGGCCGAGGGUCAAAAGUGGUGACGGCAGGCGCCGACAGAAGCAUUCGAUUAUGGGAAAAGACAGACGAGCUUCUCUUUCUUGAAGAGGAGCGCGAGCGCCAGUUGGAGAUGGUCUAUCAGAACGCUGGGAACUCGCGCACCGAUGACGAGAAGCAAAUCGGCCAGCUGGCAGAUGCGGAUGGACAGGCAAAGGCGAGUGCCCAACCCGAGGCAACGCUCGUGACUGCACCCGCACACACCUCGCUCACAACAGGAGAAAGGCUCAUCGAGGCAAUUGAGGUCGCCGACCGCGACAGGCACGAACAGGCCGAUCCUUUGCCUCCUCCACGCAGCGCCGCGCUGCUCGCUGGUUUGCAGGACGGCGACGAACAAAUGCCAGCGCGCUUUGUUUUCAGAGUCGUGGAGAAAAUUCCAUCGACACAACUGACGGACGUGCUGCUACUCUUGCCCUUUCACAAUGUGACAUCACUAUUCGAGUACAUUGAUACGUGGCUUCAAAAGGAAUGGUCCCUGCCGCUGUCGUCCCGCAUUCUCUUCUUCCUCUUAAGAACACAUCACCAGCAGAUCGCGAGUAACAAGCUUUUGCGUGGCACUAUCAAUAGACUGCGCACCAGCCUUCGCGCAGCACUACUCAAGAACAAGACUCUGGUCGGUUUCAAUAUGAGCGGGUUGCGAUAUGCCCAGGCGCAAGCUGCGUCACGCAAGCAGGCUUCGUUGGGCGUCUUUGAAGACGAUAUCGAUACAUCGACCCAAUUUCCCGUGACAACUAAACGCAAAUUCAAUGUAGUCUAAUGCAACCCGUCAAGCUAAACCCGUGUCUGUUCUGUUCGCGAUACCGACCCUUCUCUGUCCGUUUCCAAUGUCAAAUGUCAC